AUGUCUUUAUUCGGUGGCGGAGCUAACCCAUACGACGACAUCGUCGUCAAGGCGACUGAUGAGAACCUCACGUCCGAGAACUGGGAGAUUAUCCUCAACCUAUGCGACAAGGUUCAGGAUGAAGGCGAACAAGGUGCCCGCAAUGUCAUUGCCGCCAUCUUGAAGCGCUUAGCGCACAGGAAUCCCAACGUCCAGUUGUACUCGCUCGCGCUCGCAGAAUCUCUGACCAAGAACUGCGGCAAGGAGCUGCAUGCUGAGAUUGCCUCUCGAGCGUUUACACAGGGUCUUGAGAGACUGAUCACGGACAGGACUGCCCAUGACAGGGUCAAGCGCAAGGCGCUGGGGCUGAUCGCUGAAUGGGCUUCGGAGUGGGAGAACGAUCCGACAUUGGGAUUGAUGGAAGAGUGCUACAAUAACCUCAAGAGCAAGAAUUUCUCUUUCGAUGUUGUGAACGAGCCUCCGCCCCCUGCCGUCGAUGACGAGGCCCGCAGGCGCGAAGAGGAAGAGCUUCAGCGCGCGCUCGAGAUCUCGAUGCAGGACAAGGGCGGUCGCCAGCAAUGGGCCCAGUAUUCCCUCGCAGGGUCCUCGUCGGCCGGGGCGAGCGGUUCUGCGUCCGCUUCUGCUGGUCCUGGCCCGUCUUCUUCCGGUGCUGCACAGCCCGCCACCGUCCAUCCAUACGCGAGUGGCGGAUAUGUUCCCUCUGCUCAGCCUUCCAGCGCGCAGUCGUAUUCUGCACCUGCUGCGCAGCCCGCUCCUGAGCCGGUUCCAGAGCCCACACCCGCGCCAAGCAUGAGCGGACCUGUAACCCGUGUACGCGCACUUCAUCCGUUUGAGGCAACCGAGCCUGGCGAACUGGCGUUUGAGCGUGGCGACAUCAUCAAAGUCGUCGAUCGUGGAUACAAGGACUGGUGGCGCGGCCAAUUGCGCGGCCGUACCGGUAUCUUCCCGGUUAACUACGUUGAGCCGCUCCCAGAACCCACUGCGAACGAACUUGCGGCGGAAGCGCAGGCCGAGGCCAAUGUCUUUGCCCAAGCUGCGAACAUUGACCGUCUACUCUCGAUGCUGAGGCAGAUCGACCCUGCGAAGGAUAACCUGGCGGAUAACGAGGAGAUCCAGGAGCUCUACCGCACGAGCGUUCUUCUCCGCCCUAAGAUUGUCAAGCUUAUCGACAAGUACAGCCAGAAGCGAGCUGAUCUCGUCGCCAUGAACGAGAGCUUUGUCAAGGCGCGCACCAUCUUUGACCGCAUGAUGGAGGAGAGCCUUGCUCGCAACAGCGUGUAUGAUCAGCCAUAUGGCCCUCAAGCUUACCCGGAUGGCCGCUGGUCGACUGCCCCGUACGAGCAGCAGCCUGCGCCGGGUUAUGGUUACCCUGGUUAUGGGCCUGAGGGAGGUCCCCAGCUGCAACAUCAGUCUUCGUAUGGCGGACCGCAGCAAGUACCAUACCAGCAGCCGUACGGUGGGCCGUACAACCCUCAGGGUCCGCUGUCCCCUGGGUUGCAAUCACAGCCCGAGUUGCAGCGUCAGCAAACGCAGCCUGUGCCUGUACAGCAGCAACCGCAAGUACAACAGCAAGUCGUGCAGCAACAACCUAUUCAACAGCAACCCGUUCAACAACAACCUAUCCAGCAACAACAACCCGCACAGCAGCAACCGGCCGUCCAACAGCAGGCGCCUGUACAGCAGCAGCCCGCUCAGCAACAGCAACCAGCCCCUAUGGAGGGUCCGCCGUACCCGUAUGACCCCAACGCCACGUACCCCGACCCGAACGCUCAAGCGUGGGCUCAGUACUAUGCGCACGGUGGCGACGACCCGACUGGUUCAGUGUACUUCCACUCCGUACCGGGCAUCAAGCCGCCUGUAGCGCCUGAACAGUCGCCGACUCAGAUGCAGCCCGCGCACGCCGUGCAGAGCACAACGUCGCUUGGAAGUGCGACGUCACUCGAUAGCCCAUACGGCGCACAGCAGCAGCAGCCUCAAUAUGCCGAACAACAGCCUCAGCAAGCGUAUGAGCCCCAGCAAGCGUAUGAGCCCCAGCAAGCGUAUGAGCCCCAGCAUCAGCCUACCUCUCCUGGAUCGGCAGGCCCAGCUGGAGCUCAAUCCUUCGUCAACGCUAUUCAACAGCAACAGCAGCAACAGCAUGCUCCUGAGCCUAUCCGCCAAGAUUCGCUGCCGAACCCGUACACUGGGGCCGGCGGCGCUGAUCUCGCGCGUCAGAGCUCGCUGCCCAGUCCUUACGCUGGCGCUCCCGGUCAGGAGGCUGCACCUGUGCCCUACGGUCAAAGUCCAUACGCCGUACCGCAGCAGAGUUUGCCGGGGCCGGAGCAGCAGCUGAGCGCGCAGAUGGCUGCGAUGCAUGUCGGUGGUCCUGGCGCGUAG